AGCAGUCGAAUGCAUGUGCACAGGGGCAUUAUGGGGAACAAAAUGGGAUGACUUGUGUAAGGUUGUCAAAGGAAAGAAAUCGGGUUCAACCCUCCUACCGGCAGUGUGGUCCGCGGUCUCCCGGUCCAACGCCGCCGCUUCCCGGCUGCCAUGCUGCGGAUCGGCCGCCUCGCGGCGUGCCGGUGGCUGGCGGCGAACUCACCCGAGAUGUGCAGCCGGAGGAGCGGCCUGGCGUGCAGCAGGUCCCGGUGUCCCGUGCAGGGAUUCAGUCGGCAGGCGCAGUUUAAGAACAGUGGGAAGCUUGCGCUCACCGGGGACAGGACGUUCUGCUCGCAACGCGGAGCUGACGGGAGCUCCGGUCGGCAGCCUGACAUCUCGGUGGUGGGCAUCCCGGAUCCGAUCACAUGGAUCCGGUGUAAAGUGACCCUGCUCCUCGUUGAGCUACUCUUCGGGCUAGAUGUCAACUCGGAUGACUUUGAAAGGGGAGUGAAGCAGGCAUUGGUGCACAUCUCCAGCUUGAUGUCCAAAGGGAAAUACUUUGAACUCAUCGGCGUGGUUUCCGUUGAGAUGAUCCGAUACAUCGAGGAGAGGUGUCAGCCUCUCCCUCAGCAUCAUAGGCAGCAUCUGGCCGUCUCCAUGGAUGACAUCAUAUUUGUGUUACCGGAGGACAUCUCUGUCGUUUUUGAUACGCAUGGUAGAAAGUUUUGCACUAUCGUCAUGAGGCUUUGGUAUCUGACGACGCUGGACGGUCCCGAAGACCCCGAAGGCACCAGGAUAUUCCGAGUGUCUCCCGGCCCAGACGGCGUCAGACCGAAGAAAGUAGCCACAGCCGUCUACGAGUUCCAUCGGGAGAUGACGAAAGGAGCAUCUCAGGACUGGAUGGUGACCACUGUUUGGCACUGGAACUGGAAACCAACUGACUGAAUGGCAUCAAAAAUACAUUGAAACUUUCCAUUA